AUGGCGGACGAAGAUGAUGAAGGUGGUGUUCUGGACUUCACUGAUUAUGGAUUAAAGAAAUUUGACAUACCGGAGGGUUUACAUCCCAGUGGACUAAUUCUUGAUCAAAACAGCAUCUCAAAAAUAGAAAAUAUAGACCACUUGCAGGACUUACAACAGCUGUCCUUAGCAUCCAAUCACCUGGUUAGGAUGGUGGGGGUGUCGUCCUUCAUCCAGCUCACUGUACUGCGGCUCUCCAACAACAGCAUUGUCAACAUUGAAGGACUCACAGACCUAGUAUACCUGUCUUGGCUGGAUCUCAGUGGCAACAGUAUAAAGGUUAUUGAGAAUUUGAAGAAUAACGUCAAGCUGCGCCAUCUGGACUUGUCUGACAACAAUGUUGCUGUCAUCGGGCCCUUAUCUUCCCUGUCUAUUCUCAAGACUCUUUUGCUUCAUGGUAAUAUCCUUUCAAGUCUGAAGCCGGUUCCUACUUGUGUUCCACCAUCAGUCAGAGUUCUCUCCCUUGAGAGCAAUGAACUGUGUGACCUCAAUGAGGUGUGCUACCUGGCCAGCCUCCCCGACCUGGAUCAGCUGUCUCUGGCCAACAACCCCUGUGUCCUCAUGACUGCGCUGACACAAUAUCCUUCUAUACAAGCUACAUAUGAUCUACAACUGCAGGGGGAGUGGUUGUACUGCCAGGGUAAGGGUCGUCACUUCCACCUUGGGGAACAUCUACAGCUUGUGACGUAUCUGCCACCGCCUGUCCCCUCACCACCUCAGACAAGAUAUAAACUUAUCCACGAUUAA